AUGGACGAAAAACAUAAUCAAACAGUAGGAAUGCUCAAUGAUGAAAAUCAUCCGACACGAACGAUGCAUGACGAAAAUCGACCGCCAUUACGAAAAUGUUGUUCAACCUUUCUUGAACCUUUAUGUAAUAAUUUACUUCUCGCAUUGACUAUUGCCGGUGUAUUUUUGGGCUUUCUCCUCGGAUUUCUACUUCGUUCAUCCAAGCCAUCCGUCGAAACGAUUAUGAUACUAUCGUUUCCCGGUGACAUUCUCAUGCGCAUGCUCAAAAUGCUUAUAUUACCUCUUAUUACAUCCAGUCUUAUAACUGGUUUGGCUGUACUUGACCCGAAAUCAAGUGGAAAACUAGGUAUUUAUGCAUUAAUAUAUUACUUUUGUACAACUGUUCUUGCCGCUACCCUUGGUAUUAUACUUGUACAAUUGAUCCGACCAGGUGAACGAGGUAAUAACGCUCAAGUCCGUUCGGAAUUAUUAGGAGACGAACCAAAAGCUGACCAAAUCACAACACUUGACGCAAUAUUUGAUUUAUUUCGAAAUAUGUUUGCGGAAAAUAUUCUUCAAGCAACCAUUGAACAAGUCAAAACAACACGAGAAACUGAGAUGGUCAAUUUGAAUGGUACAGCAGUAUCUAAAGUUAAAUUCACUACACGUUAUGUUUCCGGUACCAACUUCUUGGGUUUGAUUACAUUUUGCUGUGCAUUCGGCAUUGCAAUUGGAACAAUGGGACAACGUGGAGAACCAAUGUUACAUUUUUUUGUUAUCCUAAAUGAAAUUGUCAUGAAACUAAUUAAACUUGUUAUGUGGUUCUCUCCAAUUGGUAUCAUGUUUUUAGUGGCUGGAAAAAUUUUAGAAAUAGAAGAUUUGCUUAAAUUAGCUCAAAGUUUAGGAAUGUAUGCAGUAACAGUAUUAACGGGUUUAGCUAUACAUUCAUUGUUUACGUUACCAUUAAUAUUCUAUGCGAUUACGCGUCGAAAUCCGUUUGCAUUCUAUCGAGGAAUGCUUCAAGCUUGGCUGAUUGGUAUUGGAACAGGCUCGAGUGCUGCAUCGUUACCUGUCACAUUUCGUUGUUUGGAAGAAACAUUGAAAUUAGAUAAACGUGUGACGCGAUUUGUAUUACCUAUUGGGGCAACGGUUAAUAUGGAUGGUACGGCUUUAUAUGAAGCUGUUGCUCCAGUUUUUCUUGCUCAACUUAUGGGACGGCAAUUAGGUAUUGGACAAUUAAUUAUUGUUAGUUUAACGGCAACGGUCGCUUCAGUUGGAGCUGCAUCAAUUCCAUCGGCAGGUCUUGUUACGAUGCUGUUAGUUAUGUCAGCUGUGAAUAUUCCUGCACAAGAAAUUACCAUUAUAUUUGCUAUUGAUUGGGCUUUAGAUCGAAUUCGUACAUCUGUUAAUAUAUUAGGUGAUGGUAUUGGCGCUGGCAUACUUGAUCAUCUCGUUCGUAGUGAAUUAGGUCCGCCAGAACUUGAAGAAGGAGAAAAUACCGAUAGACCUGUUCAAACUCGAACAGCAGCACGACUUAGCGCCGCACGAUGUUUGCGUAGUCAUGAUGAUGACAAUGAAACAUCUAAGCUUUAA